CUACUAUCAGCAAACAGCUGUUGCAGAUAUUUGACUUUUUCUUGACUUUGAUACAAUUUUCUCAGCGUACGAAAAAAGCGCAAAAAAUACGCGAUGCGUAAUGUGCCGAAAUCACUCGGUCUCUCGGUCACAACUCCUGGAGGGAGUACUGGGGCUCCGGAUGGACGCCACAACAGCCUGGAAGACAUCAACUUGGACCAGUUUUUGAAGACCUCCAAUUAUGAAGACACCGUCAAGCAGUUGGACAUUUACUAUGGCCUCGUCAAACGACAACUGCUGCGGUACCAGAGCCCCAUCACAGGAUUGUUUCCGGUGAUGAGCACCGACCAGGUUGUGGGAUCCGUGCGAGACAGUGUCUACUGUGCGGCCGCAGUGUGGAGCUUGUACCAGGCCUACAGACGCAUCGAUGACGAUCGUGGCAAGUCCUACGAGCUGGGCCAGAGCACGGUAAAAUGCAUGCGCGGCAUCCUUGAGUGCUGGGUGAAGCAGGCUUCCCGUGUGGAGCUAUUCAAGCAGCGUCAGUCUAACCAGCAUGCUCUGCACAGCAAGUUCCAGCUGCACACAGGCGAGAAGAUCUACCCGGAUGAGUUCUACAAUCAUUUACAGAUCGAUUGCGUGUCGCUGUAUCUGCUGUUCCUCGUCCAGAUGAUAACCUCCGGCCUGCAGAUCAUCUACACCCACGACGAGGUGGCCUUUGUUCAGAAUCUCGUGUACUAUGUGGAGCGUGCCUAUCGCACGCCCGACUUUGGAAUGUGGGAGCGGGGCUCCAAGUACAAUAAUGGAACUCCCGAGAUCCAUGCCUCUUCCAUUGGCAUGGCCAAGUCUGCUUUGGAGGCCAUCAAUGGCUGCAACUUGUUUGGGGAGAAGGGGGCAUCCUGGAGCGUGGUGUACGUAGAUAUUGAUGCCCACAACCGCAAUCGUAGUAUUUUCGAAACUAUGCUGCCAAGGGAGUCGAGCUCAAAGGGUGUUGAUGCCUCUUUACUGCUGACCCUCUCGUUCCCAGCUUUUGCCUCGCACGAGGAUCGCUUGGUGGAGCAGACCAAACAGAACGUGGUAAACCGUUUGCGCAGCAAGAUGGGCUUCAAACGCUUCACACGGGAUGGUUUCCUCAGCAAAAAUGAAGAUAAAACCCGCCGUUACUAUCACUCUGGGGAAUUGAAAGAGUUCGAGGGCCUCGAAUGCGAAUGGCCAUUGUUUUUCAUAGCCAUGAUUAUCGAUGGAGUUUUCAAGAACAACCACGAGCAGAUCGAAGAGUUUCAAAACGAUCUGCGCCGCUGCCUGCGCACUGAUGCCAAUGGAGAUCCCGUUGUGACUAUGUAUUAUGCUCCCGAUGGAGAUGGUUCCUAUAUGCGUGCUCCCUCGCAAUCUCUGUUCCUCUGGGGUCAGUCGUUCUUCAUUAUUGCACAGCUGCUGACUGCACAGCUACUCCAUAUCAACGAAUUGGAUCCGAUUCGUAGAUAUUUGCCAAGCUACAAUCGUCCUAGACGGGCAGGUCGCUACUCUGCUUUUCAGGCUAAACCGGGCACUGGCACAGCCACAGAUCUUGUAGUACAGAUCGUCCUGAUUGCAGAGUCCAUGCGACUGCAGGCCAUGAUGGCCACCUAUGGCAUUCAAACCCAAACGCCCCAUGAGGUGGAACCUGUACAAAUCUGGAGCUCCACGGAGCUUAUUAAAGUCUAUCAACACUUGGGCGUCAACAACAAGGUUGGUCUUUCUGGACGUCCCUCCCGACCCGUCGGUUCCUUGGGCACCAGCAAGGUGUAUCGCAUCUGCGGAAUGACAGUUCUUUGCUAUCCUCUAAUCUUCGAGGUGUCCGACUUUUAUUUAUAUCGAGACAUGGCCCUCCUUAUUGACGAUAUCAAGACGGAGCUGCAGUUCGUCGGCAAAUACUGGCGGCUGUCCGGCAGGCCCACUGUCUGCCUGCUCAUCCGGGAGGAGCACAUGCGUGAUCCGCAGUUCAAGGAGAUGCUGGAUCUGCUGGCCAUGCUCAAGAAGGGCUAUUGCGAUGGCAUGAAGGUGCGCAUCGGUAGACUGCAGAACUUGAUUAGCAGCUCGUGUAUAGAGCAUCUGGACUUUAUGAACCAGAGCGAUUUGACGGACAAUGAGAAUGCAUUCUCGCAGAUAAACCACGAGUAUAUUGGCUACCAAUCCCUGACAGAUGUGCCCAAGGCUUUGACAUACGUGGAAGAGAAGGUCUCCGUGGCGCACUUUGACAAGAAACCAACUCCUGACAUCAUCAACGCUCUUCGCAAUACGGACUCCAUUUACUGCCUGUGCCAACUCUGGGGUAUUCUGUUGAACCGCGAAGGUCCCCAUUUCGAGGUGAAUGGCUUGAAUGUGAACACGGCUCUUACGCAGCUUUACCAUCGAGCCGGAUCCUUGCGCUACUGGCGUGCCGUGAGAUAUUGCUCCUCUCUUCUCCACCACAUUGUGGAUUCCAUCAGCCCUUUCAUCACCACUGUGCUGGUAAACGGCAAAGAACUGACUGUGGGCAUCAUUGGCCAAAAGGAGACGGUAUUCGACAAGCCCAUGACACCAGCGGAGAUCCAGAACGUGAUGUACACCAGCGUUCAGCCGUACGACGUCAUCCAGGCGGUGUUGCAACAGGAGGUGGUCCUGUACUGUGGUCGUUUAAUAGCCACCAAUCCGUCUAUGUUCAGGGGAAUACUUAAAAUCCGCAUUGGCUGGGUACUAGAGGCUAUGAGAAUAUACCUUCAAAUCUCUGGACAGCAGAGCAUAGAUGUUGACAAUCUGUCGCCCUUCCAAGUUCGUAUUUUGUUGCAGAAAGUUUUAACCGUCAGCGAGUGGGCUACGGAAGAAAAGCUCACUACCUUGCAGCGUCGCCAACUGGAGGGCUGUUUGUGCCGCGUGCCAAAACAUUUCUAUAACAAAAUCUGGGAAAUCCUUCAGCGCACUCCUCAAGGUAUUUUGACACAGGGUCAUCAUCUACCAGCCACACCGACUCUGACAAACAUGAGUCGCGGAGAAUUGACCUUUAAUCUGUUGGUCGAAGAGACUCUUAUUUGCAUAGACCGGCCGGAGAGGCGCCAGAUAACUGUGGAGCUAUUGUGCAUUGUGGCUACCAUUCUCAAUCGCAAUCCUGAACUACACUUCAAACAAGUCCUGGAUUUGGAUGGCAUCUUGGCCGAGGCCUUUUCCAUGUACUGCAAGGAUAACAAUAUCCAGCCGCAGCCACAGCAGUCUCAGACCGAGGAUCUCAAGGCCUUCUACUCACUACCGUACUCGGAGACCACCGGUUACUUGGCUCGCGCCGCCGUCAACAAGGUCCUACAGGGCGGCGUUUUCUCAACCUCCGAGGAGGAUGUCCAGCUCGAUGGCGACCAUCUGCACGACGACAACUGCAAGGUGUCAUAAGCUGUGGCGGCUCCUUAAACAUAAACUAUGCUAAUGUAGAUAGCACAGUUUGCAUAUCUGACCCACCACUAGCUCGAAUUUUGUGGCAAUUUUAUUCUGUUAUUCUUAUUUAACUUGUGUCCCCCUCUCGCCCGUUCGCCUAGUUCUUAAUUAAAUGUUAUGUAUAUUUUGUUGCAAUAA